AUGUCGGAGGGUCACCCUGGCAAGGGCCACAUCCCGGGCAGAGGGGUGCAGGCUCCCCUCAGGGACAGCAGGAGCACAACCCACCGCAAGCAGCCGAGGCAGGCAUCCCUGCCCGGCUCGAGGGACGGAGUGGGGCCGGGGCAGUGUGAGAGGCAGUGUGAGGAGCGGUGUGAGAGGUGCUGCCAGGAGCAGUGUGAGGGGCGCUGUGAGGGGCGCUGCCAGGGGCAGUGUGAGAGGCAGUGUGAGGAGCGGUGUGAGUGGCACUGCCAGGGGCAGUGUGAGAGGCAGUGUGAGUGGCAGCGUGAGGGGCACUGUGAGUGGCAGUGUGAGGAGUGGUGUGAGUGGCGGUGUGAGUGGCAGUGUGAGGGGCAGUGUGAGGGGCAGUGUGAGGGGCAGCGUGAGGGGCACUGUGAGUGGCAGUGUGAGGGGCGCUGUGAGGGGCGCUGCCAGGGGCAGUGUGAGGAGUGGUGUGAGGGGCGCUGUGAGGAGCGCUACCAGGGGCAGUGCGAGGGGCGCUGCGAGGAGCGGUGUGAGGGGCAGCGUGAGGGGCGCUGUGAGUGGCACUGUGAGUGGCAGUGUGAGGAGCGGUGUGAGGGGCGCUGUGAGUGGCAGUGUGAGGGGCGGUGUGAGGGGCGCUGUGAGUGGCAGUGCGAGGGGCGCUGCGAGGAGCGGUGUGAGGGGCGCUGCGAGGAGCGGUGUGAGGGGCAGUGCGAAGGGCGCGAGGGGCGGGGUGAGGGGCAGUGUGAGGGGCGGUGUGAGUGGCAGUGUGAGGGGCGCUGCGAGGAGCGGUGUGAGGGGCAGCGUGAGGGGCAGUGUGAGGGGCGCUGUGAGUGGCAGUGUGAGGGGCGCUGUGAGGGGCAGUGUGAGGGGCGCUGUGAGGGGCGCUGUGAGUGA